UAUCGAUAUCCUCAGCUGACCUUAACUUGUCCACCACUAAGAAACAUAAAAGUUGUUUAUUUAUAUUUGAACAAAUGGGCGGCACUAAGUGUUGUUUUCGUGAUUGUCCGGUGGGUUCUAGCCGCAACCCCAAUAUGCACUUCUUCAAGUUCCCCGUUAAGGAUCCGAAAAGGUUAAAGGACUGGGUGAGGCAUUGUUCCAACCCUGAUGUUUCAAAUGCACCACCGGCCAAACUGGCAGCUAAAACAGUUUGUGCCCGGCACUUUCGUGUUGAAUGCUUCAUGAACUACAAAAUGGACAGACUCAUUCCCAUGCAGACGCCCACUUUGUUCAGGAUCAACAGGGAUCUGGCACUCGACUUUGAAAGUCUCGACCAGAACGGGGAAGCCCUUCUCGUGAAGUUAAUGCCUCCAAAGCAGCCCCAUCUAAUACCUCCCAGGGAUUUUGAGUGUCCUCUGGGAUUCGUGGAUGAUGAGACACAGAAUGUGGAGGUUAUUAAGAAACUGAAUACAGUUGACUUCAGUGAGGAGGAGGAACAGCAAAAAGAAAACGAUGUAGCCGACGAAGUUUCCGGAGAUUUUUUUGAUUCGGAGCAGGAGCAGAAGCAGUCGGUUGUAAGCAAGGAGAAAGCAGCGGUGUCAGGUAAUACUUCUACAACAUCAACCAGCGGUUCGGUGAUGCCUCAAAACAUUCUAGAUAUAAUAAGUCAACUGCAGCCUUCAUUGGGCAUCAAAUUGAUUAAAAUGCCAGUCACAAGUCAACCAAUAAGCGAGAAUAUCUUGCCGCUGCUUGAAGAGCAGCUCCUAAAAGAGAAGACAGAUGAUCUAAGCAUGAUGAAAACAGUUACUAAGGAAGCAGAAAAGCAUCUUAAAUCGACAAGUUGUAUUAUUGACGUCAUUGAAAUGCCAAAACUUGCCGAUAAAUGUCAAGAAAAGCAAGUCCCCACCAAACAAGAGUACCGGCAAAUUAAUAGGACUGUGAUUAGAAAGCGUGGGAUGCAGGAAAGAGAGGCCGAUAAACUGUAUGAAGAGCAACCAACCGAGGAGCAGUCUAAAAAAAGGAAGCCACCCCAAGAAGCACUAAAUACGGACCCCUUCGCUCAAACUGAAAACGGUCUUAUAUUGAACCGAAAUAGACAACUGCAAGAGAAAGUCUGGGGUGAGCAGAAGCAAACUGCGAAAUUUGAGAAACCCACUCAAUCAAUCCAAGAAAAUCAAAGUAAUCCCAUUUCCGAAACCUUAUCUGAAUCCUGUAUAAGCCUUGAAGAGAAUACACUUAGUAGUGACAGUGAGGACGAGUCUGCACCAGACGAGAAACCAUCUUCCUCUGAAGAUGGCCUGCGCGACAAGCUUCGUCAAUCCUACGAUAACCUACAGGCCGAGUUUGCCAAGCUGUCAGAGGAGAAUGCUAAACUGAAACGACUGCAAGCGGAAUACGCAAAGGCUUCAGCUCACGUCAAACCGGCAGCCAGCUCCCUGACCAAAGCUCAGCUUUACAUGGCUAUAAAGAAAUACGUGGGACCCACUAUGGCCGCCUUGCUACGCAUGGAAAUGUUCGGCGGCUCUGAGGAUCGCACUUGGAAGGAUGACGAGCGGGAGUUUGCAAUAGAGCUACUCCAACUAGGCGAUGAGGUGUACAAGUACUGUUGCGACGAGUGGCGCUUCCGCUUGCCCUCCAUUCGGAUUGCGCGCUCCUGGCUAGAGAAAAAGAAAACGGAAGAUUCGGAAGAGUUUCUUGACUUAUAGUCUAUUUGCCAUAAUUGGCUAAUUUAAAAGGUAUUUUAUUCAUAAAUUAUUUGAUAUUUUAGUUUAAGGCAUAACAUCAGUUUCGAUUAAUUUAAUAAAAUAAGUUAAAAAUCCA